GGUGCACCGCAGUAUAAGCAUUUGCACUUCCUUCCCUUUUCUCCAAGUUUGUUUUCGCUUGAAUUAUGGCCUUCCCGCCGUCUUCCACUGCACCGCCUCCACAACCCGCCCAACCUCAUCGCCCCUCCGCCCUCUACCCUAGGAUCAGUCAAUUCUCGGCCAACCCCAUUGCUGCCGGUAACCCCACUAUUUCUCCUUCAUCUACUGUUGGAAUCGGCAUCAGAGUUGCAUUGAAACCGGAGUAUCGGAUGACACCUCUGCCUCAUUUGUCCCCACAACUUGAAGAUGUCCCUCGAAGUGUUUUCAACUUUGAAUUUGAUGUAGAGAGAAAGAUUUUGGCUGAAGCAAAGAAGGAUAACCCAAAUUGUAGUGAGCUUACUCUGGGAAAUAUUCCUCAGGAAAGAACAGACCAAACUGAUCCAGGUUCCUCUGAAGAUCCCAUUGUGAAUACAUACAUUGCGUCUGGCCUGAAUAGAGAAGCUGUGCCUCUUGCAGUUGCAAAUUACGGAGACAAUCCAACCAAGGUGAAGGAAUUUGUUGAGCAGUAUAGUCGGGUGAAAGAUAUGGGAUUCUCAUCGAAUGAUGUAGCUGAGUCCUUGCUCUUAUUUCACAAUGAUAUCGAUCAGGCUUUGCAACACCUGCUUAGCCAUCCGUCCUAAUCAUGUUGGGAGGUCCACAAAUUUGUGCACCCACCUUCAAUAUACAUAUUUAGAGAGGCUAGAGGCUAAGCACUGUCCAUUUUUUGUCCAUAAUAGGGUUGACUCACGUUAAAUAGCUGGUAUUUGGACAUGUGAUUACUUUGUUUUGUAUUUGAUUG